AUGAGGUUUCGCAUCUUUUUCUCCACUUUCCUGCUUUUCUACGUCUUUCUCGUGGCUAAAGCGCGCGAUGAGAAAUCUACCAGACCUCCGAACACAAUUAUAUUCUUUGCUGAUGAUUUGGGGUAUGGUGAUUUAAAUUUAUAUGGAAACACGGAGCAAGAAUCUGGCGCUAUUGAACAAAUGGCACAAGAAGGAAUGAUGUUCACUCAAUGGACUUCUGCGGCAUUUAUUUGUACCCCUAGCAGGGCAUCGUUGCUAACAGGUCGUUACGCAAGAAGGACUGGUGUUUAUGGAAAUUCUUCUCUUGUGUUUGCUCCAAAGGAUAGUGGUGGACUUCCAGAUUCGGAAAGAACCAUUGCUGAAGCGUUAAAAUAUCAAGGGUAUGCCACAGGAAUGGUGGGAAAAUGGCAUUUAGGACUUAAUAAAGAAAGCAAUACUGACGGAGUUCAUCUUCCGCAUAAUCAUGGAUUCGAUUUCGUUGGAACAAAUCUGCCUUUGGGUCAAUCAGGAAAUUGUAACAUUAACAACGCGGCCGACGACAUGGUGAAGUCAUGCUUUGUUUAUUCUGGAGAUACUGUAGUUGAGCAACCUAUAAAUUUACCGGAUCUAACUCAGAAACUUGUCGAUGAUGCUGUUGAAUUUAUUGAUGCCAAUAAAGACAAACCGUUUUUCUUGUAUUUUGCUUUUCCACAAGUUCAUAUGGAUUAUUUCUGCAACAGUCAAUUCUGUGGCAAAUCGAGUCGAGGAGAAUACGGUGACAACAUUAAUGAAAUGUCAUGGGCAGUUGGAGAAGUCUUGAACAAAAUUAAAACCCUGGGAAUUGAACAGGACACAAUUGCAAUUUUCACCUCUGACCACGGGGCACUACCACCGCUUUGUCGAACAACCACAUCGAAUGGUAUUUUUCGUAGCGGCAAGGGAACCACUUGGGAAGGAGGAUAUCGCGUUCCUGCUGUAUUAUGGUGGCCUGGAACUAUUGAACCCGGAACAACCAGCAAUAAUCUUGUGAAUCACAUGGAUAUCUUCACAACUAUAAUCAAUCUUGCAGGUGGAAGCAACUACUUGGUACAUUUGCAAAACACUGGUACUGUAUUGGAUGGGCAAUUAAUAACAGAAUUGGUCCCUGAAUCUCCAGUCCGUGAUACUUUGUUUUACUACUGUUCCGACCGACUUAUGGGAGUCCGCCAUGGAAACUACAAACUGCAUUACCACACUAUGGGCGAUUUGCCAAUACCAUCGGGAUGUGGUUCAACACAGGGAGAUUUUGCUUGCUAUGAUGGUGCCGAUAUUUAUGAAUGGAAUCCUCCUCUCGUUUUUGAUUUUACGAAACUACCUGGUGAGCGAGAAAAGAGCAGAGAAGACCCCACCGAUCCAAAUACAAUAGAAGUUGUAAACCAAAUUGCUCAACUUGUUGCUGAACACGAAGUCACUUUCACCAGUAUUUCUCAACCAGAGUUAGAUAAAUCUGGGCAUAAAUCCUUGAUUCCUUGCUGUGAUCCUUCUGCAGGGUGUGUUUGCAAUUAUAAUUACUAAUUCAGCCUAAUUGCUAAUUAAGUUCCCAUUCCGUUGCUUAAUUAUGAUAGCGGAUGCAAAUUAAAAUAUGCUGACUCUUAAUUGCCUACGGAUUUAUGACAGGUGCAGGAAGAAUAAUAUACUCAGGUUGUGUACCGGUGAUAUUGUUUUUAGGAGAUGACUGCUGCUAUUGUAAGCAGAGUUGGUCAUUAGAUCGUUUGAUAUACAAACAAAAACCAGCUGGCAAAAAAAUUAUAUGUAAUGUUGAAUUUAGAGAACUCUUUCGUAUAUCACUGUCCUAUUUGAAAUUUAUUAGAGCCCAACUAGAAAAUGCUCGACGGCCCAUGAUUGAGGCGCGGUCCACAGUUUGU